UCAUAUAUAAUAUCAUCCAGAGUUAAUUAAGCUUUACUAAACCACCAUCAAUAGAGAAACAGAGUUUGAAUCAAAUUGAUCAAAAGCUAUGGGUGUGCCAUCGUUCUUUAGAUGGUUACUUAACAAAUAUCCAAAAGUUAUUGAAGACAUUAACACUAACACAAACACACCAACUGUUGAAUGUCACAAUCUUUAUCUUGACAUGAAUUCCAUUAUCCAUCCAUGUUUCCAUCCUUCGGAUGAUAAUAGCAAUGGUAUUCCUCCAGCAACAUUUGAUGAAGUGUUUACUAAUAUGUUUCACUACAUUGAUCAGCUUGUUACUAUUGUUAAGCCUCGCAAGCUAUUGUACAUGGCUAUAGAUGGAGUAGCUCCACGAGCAAAAAUGAAUCAGCAAAGGAGCAGGCGUUUUAAAACAGCUCAAGAUAACCAAAUGCGUGAAGCUGAGGAAGAGAGGUUAAGGAAGCAAUUUGAAAUGGAAGGCAAAAAGGUUCUUGCUAAACAAGAAUGUGAAGUGUCAGAUUCUAAUAUAAUAACACCAGGGACAGAGUUCAUGCAUCAACUCUCAAAGGCUCUUAAAACCUAUAUCUCUUCAAGGAUAUCCUCUAAUUCCUUAUGGAAGAAUAUUAUGGUAAUUUUAUCUGAUGCUAAUGUUCCUGGAGAAGGGGAGCAUAAGAUUAUGUCAUUCAUAAGGAAACAACGUGGUCUUCCUGAUUAUGAUCCAAACACUGUCCACUGCUUAUAUGGCUCGGAUGCUGAUCUUAUAAUGCUAGGUCUGUCAACACACGAGCCACAUUUUUCAAUUCUAAGAGAGGUUAUUAUGGAUUUGCCAAAUUAUCAUGAGAAGCUGCAACAAAAUCCUGCUAUGCAGUUCAAGCUUUUGCAUAUUUGGUUGCUGAGGGAAUAUCUUGAGUUAGAAAUGAAGAUACAAGAUCCUCCCAAAAAUUUAAAAAUUGAUUUUGAGCGGAUUGUUGAUGAUUUUAUCUUCAUUUGUUUUUUUGCUGGAAAUGAUUUUCUGCCCCACCUACCAUUUUUGGAUAUUCAUGAGGGUGCUAUUGAUUUGCUUAUGACUGUUUACAAGAAAGAGUUCAAUAAACUUGGAGGAUUUCUUGUGGACAUAAAUAAGAUUGGACAGAAACAUGCUCCUUUUGUGAAGUUAUCAAGAGUUGAAAACUUCAUACUUAUGGUUGGUACAUAUGAAGAAAAAAUAUUCAAGAAAAGAGCUGCAAUUAGAGAAAAGAAAUUGAGAAAGCUUGUUAAUGAUUCUGAGACUUCAAAACAAAAAGAACAGAAUGUAGAUUACAUGGACAAUGACGACGGAAGUAGUUCAAGUUGCGCUCUUCGAAUUAACAAGGCUCCAUCUUCUAACGGUGUUUGUGUUGUGUCUGAUGAAGUAAUUUUGAAAAACACAAAGGAGUUAAAAGAGGAGUUGAACAAAUGUAUAAAAGAGAAAGGAGACUUAUUAAAGAGUGGAGAGUUUCUGAUUGACAAGAUCAAAUUGGGAACUACUGGAUUUAAAGAAAGGUAUUAUAAAGAGAAAUUUUCUGUUGAGGGCUCCACCAACGUUGAGCAAAAAAGGAAAGAAAUGGUGCAGAAGUACACUGAAGGAUUGUUGUGGGUUCUUCAAUACUAUUUUUCAGGUGUUGCUUCAUGGACAUGGUUUUAUCCAUUCCACUAUGGACCAUUUGUUUCAGACUUAAAAGGUAUGAGUCAAGUGAGAGUAAAUUUUGAGAAAGGUGUUCCCUUUUUACCUUUUGAUCAACUCUUAAGUGUUCUUCCUCCAAGGAGCUCUUAUGCUCUUCCUAAAGCCUAUGCACAAUUGAUGCUGGAUGAGAAAUCUAAAAUAUUUGACUUGUAUCCUCAAAAUUUUGAAAUUGACAUAGAAGGAAAGCGUUUCACUUGGCAGGGUAUAUGCAAACUUCCAUAUAUAGAUGAAAGAAGGCUUUUGGCUCAAACCAGAGACCUUGCGAAGGAAUUAACUGAAAGUGAAGCAAUAAGAAAUUCUGUUGAAGUUGAUAGCUUGUUGGUUAGUAACACUACCAAAUUGGCAGAAAAAAUUUGCUCACUCAAAUCAAAUAAGUUAGAUACAAGCAUAAGUGAUGGCAUUGGAGGCAUCAUAAGUCUUAUCAAUGAGAAUGAGUGUGUUGAGAACAACACCAAAAAUGAAGAUUCUGUUUUUUGUGUUAAUUACGAGCUUCCUAUGGCUGGUACAAUCCACAUUCCUCAUCUACUAUACGGUGUUAACUUUCCUGAAAAGACAAUCUUUGAAUGUGACAUAACUGAAACGGUACUUUGGCAUGAAAAUCAGCAAUAUGGUCAAUUUGAGAGGCCACAUAAUCAAGGCAAAUGGAGGAGUUCAAAUAGAGAUGGUUAUAUUUCCAAGUUUUCCACUAAUGCAACAAAUGGACGUGGAAGAGGCUUGUUACUAAAUGCACCCCCUGAAUUUAUUCACAAAGGAGCUGCUGUUGGAUGGGGUUUAGGUAGAGGAAAUCCACAAAAGAUUGAUGAUGAGAUUCUAAAUGAAAGAAUGUCAUCAUUUUCUCCUUUUCAAAAACAACAUAAAGAUGGUGGUAGAGGACAAGGUAGGUUUCAACAUAAUUCCAACACUUCAUUACCGUCUCAAUGGAGUGACCCAAAGGAGAAAAGUCGUUGGUAGAAAUUUGUUGCUAAAGACUAGUACCUUUUUUGUUUUGUAAGUGUUUAAAUUUUUUGGUAUUGAUAGGGAAAAAGUGAAAUGGUUGGUUUUAUGGCUAUUAAAGAUAUAGAUACGUGGUAUUGGUUUUGGUGGUUGAUAUUAUUAUUUUGGGUUUGGGUUGUAAAUUAAAGCUAUUUACUAUUUUUGUGUUUGUUAUCUAGUGUUGCAAUAGACAAGUUUUUGGCUUCUA